AUGUUUUCCAGCUCUGAUGUGAAAUUGAGUGCUGAUAAUAUUCUUGUGACUAAUGGUGGCAUUGGUGCCAACUUUUUGGUAGGGACAUUAUGGCUGAGCCUGAUGUUCAUAUUACGUGUGUCGCGCCAAUAUAUCAGCAAAUUUUUAGCAUUCCUCGCAUGUUUGGAACGAACGUGAACUUCUGGAACUCAAACCUGAAAAUGGCCACGUCCCCGAUGUCAGUGAACUCGCUAUUAUGUUAAAGCCGAACAUCAAGUGCAUUGUGCUAAACAACCCCAAAAACCCGCUGAUCAGCGUUAUUCCGACCUAAAUACUGACGCAGAAUAGCGAAUUAGCGGACAAGAAUAGAAGUCGCGUCAUUUGCGAUGAAGUCUUCAAUCCGCUCUUUCAGUCCUGCGAAAAACCGAAAUCUUUUGUAAAAUUGAGUGCCAGCCCAGUGGUGACGGGCUCUAUGUCCAAAAAAUUACUCCUCAGCGGGCCUCAGGUUGAGCUGGAUUGGUUCCCAGGACAAAAAGCUUUUUGGAACCGGCGCGUUUCAGGAGAAGCUAUAAUAUUAUAUCCGUAUCGUUGGCGGAUGAUGCGACUCCAGCUAAGUUUUGA